UGGCUGCGCGCCGGGGCCGCUCUGAGCGCCAGGGCCGCCGCGGGGCUCACGUUCUAGAGGCGUGUGGGCAUCGGGGGCUCGCGCCGUCUCCAAAGGACAAAAAGGAAAGGGGAGGAGGAAGCGUGCAGAGAUGAACUGAGCUGGAGCAGACUUUGUGAGAAGAGUGCCGAGUCCAGCUGGUCUGGGUUUCUUUUUAAUUGCUGCCAUGGGAAGAUACUUGACUAUGCUGUUGCUGCUGAUGCUGCUGGUGCAGCAUUUUGAAAACUGUGAAGGAAAUCAAAGGCUGCAUCAUGCUUCACCAAUGCAAUUUACCCAAGUAGAGUAUAAUGCCACUGUGUAUGAGAAUUCUGCAGCCAAGACUUAUGUUGGGCAUCCAGUAAAAAUGGGCAUUUACAUUACAAAUCCAUUAUGGGACCUAAGAUACAAAAUUAUUUCUGGUGACAAUGAGAACUUGUUCAAAGCUGAAGAAUAUGUUCUUGGAAACUUUUGUUUUUUGAGAAUACGGACCAAGGGAGGAAACACAGCUAUCCUUAACAGAGAGGUGAGAGACCAUUAUAUGCUGACUGUUAAAGCAGUUGAAAAAAAUACAAAUGCUGAAACGCGGACGAAGGUCAGGAUACAGGUACUGGAUACAAAUGACUUGCGGCCUUUGUUUUCUCCAACCUCUUACAGUGUUUCAUUGCCUGAAAACACAGCAAUAAGGACCAGCAUCGCAAGAGUCAGUGCAACAGAUGCAGAUAUAGGAACAAAUGGAGAGUUCUACUAUAGCUUUAAAGAAAGAACAGAUGUGUUUGCUAUACAUCCAACUAGUGGAGUGGUAGUUCUAACUGGUAGACUUGACUACUCGGACACUAAGCGUUAUGAGAUGGAAAUUCUUGCAGUGGACCGUGGGCUGAAGCUGUAUGGUAGCAGUGGCAUAAGCAGUAUGGCAAAACUAACUGUUCAUGUGGAGCAAGCAAACGAAUAUGCCCCUGUUAUUACAGCUGUUACACUGACUCCAUCAGAAUCGGACAAAGAUCCAACGUAUGCAAUUGUAACCGUAGAGGACAAUGAUCAGGGUUCAAAUGGGGAAAUAGCAUCAUUAAAUAUUGUUGCAGGAGAUGCACUCCAACAGUUCAAAACAGUGAGGUCUGUUCCAGGAGGUAAAGAAUACAGAAUAAAAGCCAUUGGUCACAUUGACUGGGAGAGUCACCCUUUUGGAUAUAACCUUACCCUUCAAGCUAAAGAUAAAGGGAAUCCCCCACAGUUUUCUUCUGUAAAAGUUGUUCAUGUGACAUCACCACAAUUUAAGUCUGGUCCUGUCAGAUUUGAAAAAGAGAUAUAUAGAGCUGAAAUAAGUGAAUUUGCCCCUCCAAACACACCUGUGAUAAUGGUGAAAGCUGUGCCUAGUUACCCACACUUAAGAUAUGUGUUUAAAAACACACUGGGAAAAGUAAAAUUCAAUUUAAACACUCACACUGGUCUCAUUACCACGUUAGAACCCAUAAAAGCACAGUAUGCAUCCCAUUUUGAACUUGAAGUUGUGACAAGUGACAGAAGAGCUUCUGCAAAAGUGUUGAUUAAGGUACUAGGCAUGAAUAGCAAUCCUCCCGAAUUUACUCAAACAUCCUAUAAAGCCUCCUUUGAUGAAAAUGUGCCAAUAGGUACAAGCAUCAUGAGAGUAAGUGCAAAAGACCCUGAUGAGGGGGAAAAUGGUUAUGUGACCUAUAGCAUUGCAAACCUAAAUCCUUUGCCAUUUGUGAUUAACCAUUUCAGCGGGAUUAUUAGUACUUCAGAAGACUUGGAUUAUGAGUUGAUGCCAAGGGUUUACAGUUUAAGGAUUCGAGCUUCCGACUGGGGUAUACCAUAUCGUCGAGAAGUUGAAGUUCCUGUUACUAUUAUUUUAAAUAACUUGAAUGACAAUAUACCUCUCUUUGAGAAAAUAAAUUGUGAGGGAGUAAUCCCCAGGGAUCUUGGUGUUGGAGAACAAAUAACAACUGUAUCUGCUAUUGAUGCUGAUGAGCUCCAGUUAGUGAGAUACCAAAUUGAAUCUGGAAAUGAACUGGAUAUAUUUAGCCUAAAUCCAAAUUCUGGAGUACUUUCACUCAAACAGUCACUAAUAGAUGGCAUAGGUGCUAAAAUGUCUUUUUACAGUUUGAAAAUUACAGCUACAGAUGGAGAGAACUUUGCAAAACCAUUGUAUAUCAACAUAACUGUAGCUAAUAGCCACAAACCAGUCAACUUGCAAUGCGAAGAAACUGGUGUUGCCAAAAUGCUUGCAGAGAAGCUCUUACAAGCAAAUAAAUUGCACAGUCGUGGAGAAGUUGAGGAUGUUUUCUUUGAUACUCACUCUGUCAAUCUGCAUGCACCUCAGUUUAGAAGUACUCUCCCUAGUAGCAUUGAGAUAAGAGAAGACCAACCUGUGGGCUCCAGCUUAAUACUUAUGAAUGCUACUGAUGUUGAUACUGGCUUCAAUGGAAAGCUAGUGUACGUUAUUUCUGGAGGUAAUGAAGACAGUAGUUUCAUUGUUGAUAUGGAAAGAGGAGUGCUGAAAAUUUUAUCUCCCCUUGAUCGAGAAGUAAAAAAUCAAUAUACUCUCAAUAUUACUGUCUAUGAUCUUGGAAUACCACAGAAGUCUGCCUGGGCCCUUUUAAAUAUAAAAAUUUUGGAUGCUAAUGACAACCCACCGGAGUUCCUUCAAGACAGUUAUUUUGUUGAAGUAAGUGAAAACAAAGAGCUAAACAGUGAAAUAAUUCAAAUCGAAGCUACUGAUAAAGAUUUGGGGGCUAAUGGAGAAGUGAAAUAUUCUCUUCUUACAGAUACAGACAAGUUUACUAUUAAUGCUGUGACAGGAGUUGUGAAAGUUGUAGGCGUUCUGGAUCGCGAGGAACAGCACGUCUAUUUCUUGAAAGUAGAGGCCAGGGACCAACCUACUGAAGAACCUCAAUUAUUUUCAACAGUUAUUUUGAAAGUGUCUGUAGAAGAUGUUAAUGACAAUCCUCCUAAGUUUAUUCCUUCAAAUUAUCAUGUUAAAAUUCGAGAAGAUCUUCCUGAGGGAACUAUUAUUACGUGGCUAGAAGCCUACGAUCCUGAUUUAGGCCAGUCAAGUCAAGUACGAUACAGUCUUUUGGACAGUGGAGAUGGCACCUUUGAUGUUGACAAACUAAGUGGAGCAAUACGUAUUGUGCAAAGACUGGAUUAUGAAAAGACACAACUGUAUAAUUUGACUGUGCGGGCCAAGGACAAAGGAAAACCCAUUUCACUAUCCUCUACCUGUUACGUUGAGGUUGAGAUAGUUGAUGUGAAUGAAAACUUGCACCCUCCACGGUUCUCCAUAUUUGCAGAGAAAGGCUUUAUAAAAGAAGAUGCCCCUAUUGGCUCCUCAGUAAUGACUGUAUCUGCUUAUGAUGAAGAUGCAGGACGAGAUGGGGAGAUAAGAUAUUCCAUCAGAGAUGGAUCUGGUUUAGGAGUUUUUCGAAUAGAUGAAGAAAAAGGUAUUAUUGAGACUGCAGAUUGCCUGGAUCGUGAGACUACUUCACAUUACUGGUUAACUGUUUAUGCAACAGACCAAGGUGUUGUGCCUUUAUCAUCUUUCAUUGAAAUCUACGUAGAAGUUGGGGAUGUUAAUGAUAAUGCUCCUCAGACCACAGAGCCAGUUUAUUACCCAGAGGUCAUGGAAAAUUCCCCUAAAGAUGUAUCUGUUAUUCAGAUUGAAGCAUUUGAUCCAGAUUCUAGCUCAAGUGAAAAAUUAACCUACAAGAUUACAAGUGGAAAUCCACAGGGAUUCUUCUCAAUAAACCCCAAAACUGGGCUAAUUACAACCACAUCCAGAAAACUAGAUCGAGAGCAGCAGGGAGAACACAUACUGGAGGUAACAGUGACAGACAAUGGUACUCCUGCAAAAUCAACAGUUGCACGGGUAAUUGUGAAGGUCUUAGAUGAGAAUGACAAUAAGCCUCAAUUCUUGCAAAAAUUCUACAAAAUUCAGCUUCCAGAGCGUGGUAAGCCAGAGCGAGAGAGAACUGCUAAGAGAGAGCCAAUCUAUCGAGUUAUUGCUGCAGAUAAAGAUGAAGGCCCCAAUGCAGAGAUCUCCUACAGCAUUGAAGAUGGUGAUGAACAUGGCAAGUUCUUUAUUGAACCAAAAACUGGAGUGGUUUCAUCAAAGAAAGUUUCUGCAGCAAGGGACUAUGAUAUCCUUUCAAUUAAAGCUGUAGAUAAUGGUCGUCCACAAAAAUCUUCAACUACACGGCUUCACAUAGAAUGGAUUUCAAAGCCUGACCCGCCCACAAAGCCUAUUUAUUUUGAGGAGUCAUUUUUUUCUUUUACGGUGAUGGAAAGUGACCCAGUUGCUCACAUGAUUGGUGUAAUAGCUGUUGAACCUCUUGGAACACAAGUUUGGUUUGACAUAACGGAAGACAAGCUUGCUAGUGAAGUAUUUUACAUCUUUCAGAUGGCUUGUGACCUGAACUGUACAGCAGAAGGUGGCAACUAUGACAGUCGCUUUGAUGUGGACAAGGGCACUGGAACUAUCAUUGUCGCAAGGCCUCUUGAUGCAGAACAGAAAUCAAAUUACAACUUGACAGUAGAGGCAACAGAUGGAGCCAGAUCUAUCAGCACUCAGGUGUACAUCAAAGUUAUAGACACAAAUAAUCACAGGCCUCAGUUUUCUGCUUCAAAAUAUGAAGUUGUUAUACCUGAAGAUACCAUACCAGAGACAGAAAUUCUGCAAGUCAGUGCCACAGACAGAGAUGAGAAGAAUAAACUGAUUUAUACGAUGCAGGGCAGCACUGAUCCUGUCAGUCUGAAAAAGUUUCGUCUGGACCCUGCAACUGGCUCUCUUUAUACGUCAGAAAAACUGGAUCAUGAGACCAUGAACCAGCAUAUUCUUACAAUAAUGGUUCGAGAUCAAGAUGUUCCUGUGAAGCGUAACUACGCCAGAAUCGUCAUUAAUGUUAGUGAUACAAAUGAUCACACUCCAUGGUUCACCAGCUCUGCGUAUGAAGGACGGGUGUAUGAGUCAGCAGCUGUUGGAUCAGCAGUACUCCAGGUUACAGCAUUAGAUAAGGACAAAGGGAAAAAUGCAGAAAUUAUGUACUCUAUUGAAUCAGGGAAUAUUGGAAAUUCCUUCCUUAUUGAUCCCAUUUUUGGCAUGAUUAAAAUUGCAAAGGAAUUAGAUCGUAGUAACCAGGAAGAAUACAAUCUGAUGGUAAAAGCUACAGACAGAGGAGAUCCUCCAAUGAGUGAAGUAACCUCUGUGCACAUAUUUGUUACGGUUUCUGAUAACGCCUCUCCAAAAUUCACAGCCAAAGAAUAUUCUACAGAAAUCAGUGAAAGUGCCAGCAUUGGUAGUUUUGUUGGAAUGGUUACAGCAUACAGUCAGUCUUCCGUAGUUUAUGAAAUAAAAGAUGGUAAUACAGAUGAUGCCUUUGCUAUCAACCCAAACUCAGGUGUCAUUGUUUCUCAGAAGAUACUUGAUUUUGAAACUUUGCCUUUUUACACUCUAACUGUGCAAGGAACAAACAUGGCUGGCUUGUCCACUAAUGCAACAGUUUUGAUACAUCUUCGAGAUGAGAAUGACAAUACACCAAUUUUUAUGCAGGCUGAAUAUACAGGACUCAUCAGUGAAUCAGCUUCAAUUAACAGUGUGGUUCUGACUGACAAGAAUAUCCCAUUAGUAAUUCGAGCUACGGACGCUGAUAAAGAAUCUAAUGCUUUGCUUGUUUAUCAAAUUGUUGAACCAUCUGUCCGCAAGUAUUUUGCCAUUGAUUCCAGCACUGGUGCCAUUCGGACAGUAAUGAGUCUGGACUAUGAGGAGACAAAUAUUUUCCACUUCUCAGUGCAAGUACAUGAUAUGGGGACACCACGUCUAUAUGCAGAAUAUGCAGCUAAUGUUACUAUUUAUGUAAUUGACAUCAAUGAUUGCCCUCCUAUGUUUUCGAGAGAGUUAUAUGAGACAUCCAUUCUGGUUCCAACCUAUAAAGGCGUGAAAGUCAUCAGUGUAAAUGCCACUGAUGCUGAUUCAGGCAUUUUUUCACAAUUAAUUUAUUCCAUUAUUGAAGGCAACAUUGGAGAAAAAUUUUCAAUAAACCCUCAGACUGGAGAUAUAACAGUACAAAAUACAAGUCAGUUAAGAAGCAGAUAUGAAUUAACAGUGAGAGCAUCUGAUGGCAGAUUUGCAAGCACUGCAUCUGUAAAAAUUAAUGUGAAAGAAAGCAAAGCAAGCCAGCUGAAGUUCACACAGAGUUCUUACUCUGCAACAGUGCAGGAGAAUUCCACAGAGGCAAAAACAAUAGCUGUUGUUACUGCUAUAGGGAAUCAAAUAAAUGAGCCUUUGUUUUACCAUAUUCUAAAUCCAGACAGCAGAUUUAAAGUAAGCCCAACUUCAGGAGUCCUUUCAACAACAGGAAUACCAUUUGAUCGUGAGCAGCAAGAAUCUUUUGAUGUGGUCGUAGAAGUGACAGGGGAAAAUAAACCAUCAGUUGUUGCACACAUUGUAGUUAAAGUCACAGUGGAAGAUGUAAAUGAUAACACUCCAUUUUUUGUCAAUCUUCCAUAUUAUGCUGUUGUUAAAGUAGAUUCUGAAGCAGGCCAUGUUAUUCAACGUGUCACUGCAGUAGAUAAAGAUACAGGCAGAAAUGGAGAGGUGCAUUACUAUCUCAAAGAACAUCAUGAACAUUUCCAAAUUGAUCCCACUGGUGAAAUCUCCCUGAAGAAGAAGUUUGAACCAGACAUACUAAAUAAAGAGUAUCUAGUCACAGUAGUGGCAAAAGAUGGAGGAGAGCCUGCUUUCUCUGCUGAAGUUAUAGUCCCAAUUACAGUUAUGAGUAAAGCUAUGCCAGUGUUUGAAAAGCCUUUCUACAGUGCAGAGAUACCAGAAAACAUUCAGCUCCAUAGUCCUGUGGUACAUGUACAAGCGAACAGCCCAGAAGGACUUAAGGUGUUUUACAGCAUCACAGGUGGAGAUCCUUUCAGUCAGUUCACUAUCAACUUCAACACUGGAGUUAUAAAUGUUGUUGCCCCACUUGAUUUUGAGUCUCAUCCAGCCUAUAAACUGAGUGUUCGAGCAACAGACUCCCUAACUGGGGCACAUGCUGAUGUGUUUGUAGACAUAAUAGUGGAAGACAUCAAUGAUAACCCUCCUGUGUUUACAGAGCAGUCUUACGCUGCAACACUUUCUGAAGCAUCUGUUGUUGGAACAUCUGUUGUAAAAGUGAGCGCUACAGACGCCGAUUCUGGAAACAAUAGGGGGAUUUCCUAUCACUUGGUUGAGGAUAAUAGUGAAAGUCUUGACUACUUUCACAUAGACAGCAGCACUGGACUCAUUCUUACAGCAAGAACUUUGGACUAUGAACAACUCAAACAACACAAGUUACUAAUAAGGGCCAUAGAUGGUGGCAUGCUGCCCUUGAGUACUGAUGUCAUUGUAACAGUUGAUGUAAUCGAUCUCAAUGAUAACCCCCCUCUUUUUAGCCAAUUGGUUUAUGAAGCUAAAAUUAGUGAACUGGCUCCUCGAGGGCAUUUUGUGACAUGUGUGCAAGCUUCAGAUGCAGAUAGUUCGGAUGUUGACAAGCUGGAGUACUCCAUUCUGACAGGCAACGAUGAGAAGAAUUUUGUAAUUAAUAGUAAAACGGGCAUUAUCACCAUCUCAAACGUACGCAGACAGACACUAAAGUCACAUUAUAAUCUUAAUGUGUCUGUUUCUGAUGGGGUCUUCAGAAGCUCAGCCCAAGUCCAUAUAACUGUAACCAGUGCCAAUAUGCACAGUCCUGUUUUCAGCCAGAAUGAAUAUGAGGUUGAACUAGCUGAAAAUGCUCCAUUGCAUACCUUGGUGACUGAAGUUAAAGCAACAGAUGGAGAUUCUGGUACACAUGGCCACAUCACUUACCACAUUGUGAAUGACUUUGCCAAAGACAGAUUUUAUACAAAUGAGAGAGGGCAGAUAUUUACCUCUGAAAAGCUUGACCGUGAAACACAAGCGGAAAAAGUAAUUGCCAUUAGUUUAAUGGCCAAAGAUUCAGGAGGAAAAGUUGCUUUCUGUACUGUUAACGUAAUACUUACAGAUGACAAUGAUAAUGCUCCUCAAUUCCGAGCCACAGAGUAUAAAGUAAAUAUUGGAUCUGAUGUUCCACGGGGUACUUCUGUCAUUAAAGUCUGGGCAUCUGAUGCUGAUGAGGGUACAAAUGCAGACAUCACAUAUAGUAUUGAAGCAGAGUCUGAAAAUGUAAGAGAGAAUUUAGAAAUCGAUUCUCUGUCUGGUAUAAUUACUACAAAAGAAAGCUUAAUUGGUUUGGAAAAUGAGUUUCUUACUUUCCUUGUUAGAGCAAUUGAUGGUGGAUCCCCCCAGAAAGAGUCAGUUGUUCCUGUCUAUGCUAGAAUACUCCCACCAGAAGUACCUCCUCCAAAAUUUUUAGAACCAUUUUAUUCUUAUGCAGUUUCUGAAGACAUUCCAAUUGGGACUGUGAUAGAUGUUAUCAAAGCAGAGCAUAAUCAGACUUUAGUAUAUAGUCUGAUUAAAGGGAACACUCCUGAAAGCAACAGAGAUGACUUUUUUGUGAUUGACCGACAGACCGGAGAGUUGAAACUUGAGAAGAAUCUUGAUCAUGAAACAACUAAAUGGUACCAAUUCUCAGUUCGAGCACAGUAUCCAAAUGAAGUUUAUAAUGUUGUUUCCUCAGUAGAGGUAAGCAUUCAGAUAAAAGAUGCAAAUGAUAACAAACCCAUUUUGGAGUCCAAUCCAUAUGAAGCAUUCAUCGUAGAAAACACACCAGCUGGAACAAGAGUCAUACAGGUUAAAGGAACUGACUUAGAUUCAGGACUCAAUGGGCAGGUUACUUACAGCUUGGAUCCUUCUCAAGAGGUAGACAUUAUAGAGUCUUUUGCCAUAAACAUGGAGACUGGCUGGAUUACCACUCUUAAAGAACUUGAUCAUGAGAUACGAGACAAAUACAAAAUCACAGUGGUUGCAUCUGACCGGGGUGAAAAAAUUCAACUGUCUUCUAUGGCUGUAGUUGAAGUUACUGUUACAGAUGUGAAUGACAAUCCUCCACGAUUUACUGCGGAGAUAUAUAAAGGAACAGUCAGUGAGGAUGACCCUCCUGGUGGGGUAAUUGCCAUACUGAGUACAACUGAUGCUGACACAGAAGAAACCAAUAGACAAGUCUUUUAUUACAUUACAGGAGGUGAUCCUUUGGGACAGUUUGCUAUUGAAAAUAUACAGAAUGAAUGGAAGGUCUAUGUCAAAAAGCCUCUGGACAGGGAAGAAAAGGAUAAUUAUCUUCUAAAUAUUACAGCUACUGAUGGGACCUUUGCAACAAAAGCUGUGGUGGAGGUUAAAGUCCUUGAUGCUAAUGAUAAUAGCCCUGUUUGUGAAAAGACUUUAUACACUGAUUCCGUUCCUGAGGAUACCCUUCCUGGCAAACUGAUAAUGCAGGUAUCUGCUACAGAUGCAGAUAUUCGUUCCAAUGCAGAAAUUACUUACACACUGCAUGGCACAGGAGCAGAAAAAUUCAGACUCACUCCAGACACAGGUGAACUGAAAACAUUAAUGGCACUUGAUCGUGAGCAACAAGCAGUUUAUCAUCUUCUAGUAAAAGCCACAGAUGGAGGAGGAAGAUUCUGCCAAGCUAAUAUUAUUCUGACUCUGGAAGAUGUGAAUGAUAAUGCCCCAGAGUUUACAACUGAUACUUACUCCAUUACAGUAUUUGAAAACACAGAGCCUAAAACCCUUUUGACAAGAGUGCAGGCAACAGAUGCAGAUGCAGGAUUGAACCGUAAAAUCCUUUAUUCACUGGUGAACUCUGCAGAGGGGCAGUUCUCUAUUGAUGAAUUCUCUGGAAUCAUUCAUUUGGAGAAGCCUUUGGAUCGGGAAUUACAGGCUGUGUACGCGCUAACUUUAAAGGCUACAGAUGAAGGUUUACCUAGAAGACUAUCUUCAACAAGUAGUCUUAUAGUUUCUGUUUUGGAUAUAAAUGAUAAUCCACCCGUAUUUGAGCAUAGGGAAUACAGUGCAAGUGUAUCAGAGGACAUUUUGGUUGGAACUGAAGUUCUCCAGAUUUACGCUGCAAGUAGGGACAUUGAAGCCAAUGCUGAAAUCACAUACGCAAUAGUCAGCGGGAAUGAACAUGGAAAAUUCAGCAUCGAUUCAACAACAGGAGCUAUUUUUAUCAUUGAGAGCUUGGAUUAUGAAAGUUCUCAUGAGUACUACUUGACAGUGGAAGCUACAGAUGGAGGCACGCCUUCAUUAAGUGAUGUUGUAACAGUGAAUAUUAAUGUCACGGAUAUCAAUGACAACACUCCAGUGUUUAGCCAAGACACUUACACUGCAGUAAUCAGUGAAGACGCUGUGCUUGAACAAUCAGUUAUUACAGUUAUGGCAGAUGAUGCUGAUGGACCUUCUAACAACCGCAUUCACUACACAAUUAUAGAUGGCAAUCAAGGAAAUCCUUUUACAAUUGACCCUACCAGGGGUGAAAUAAAAGUGGCUAAGCUUCUAGACAGAGAAAAGAUAUCAGGAUAUACCUUGACAGUUCAAGCUUCAGAUAAUGGAAGUCCACCUAGACUUAAUACAACCACAGUUAAUAUUGAUGUUUCUGAUGUAAAUGAUAAUCCUCCAGUAUUCUCAAAAGGAAACUAUAGUGUUAUCAUCCAGGAAAAUAAGCCUAUUGGAUUUAGUGUGCUGCAACUCGUGGUGACAGACAAGGAUUCUUCUCACAAUGGCCCUCCGUUUCUCUUUACCAUCCUGAGUGGAAAUGAAGAGAACACUUUUGAGAUUACCCAGCAGGGAAUUCUGACCACAAGUGCUACACUGAAUCGCAAAGUGAGGGAUCACUAUUUACUUCACAUUAAGGUGGCAGAUAAUGGAAAACCACCAUUGUCAUCUUUGACUUACAUUGAUAUUAGAGUUAUUGAGGAAAGCAUUUACUCUCCAGCAAUUCUACCUCUAGAAAUCUUUAUCACAGCCUUUGGGGAAGAGUAUUCAGGUGGUGUCAUUGGAAAAAUUCAUGCAACCGACCAAGAUGUUUAUGAUACUUUGACAUACAGUCUGGACCCCAAAAUGGAAUCCUUGUUCUCCGUCUCGAGUACUGGUGGCAAACUAAUAGCACAUAAAAGGUUAGAUGUAGGACAGUACCUCCUAAAUGUCACUGUUACAGAUGGAAAAUUUACAACUGCAGCUGAUAUUACUGUACACAUCAGACAAAUCACACAAGAUUUACUAAAUCACAGUAUUGCAAUACGCUUUGCAAACCUGUCCCCUGAAGAAUUUAUUGGUGAUUACUGGCGCAAUUUCCAGAGAGCGUUAAGAAACAUCUUGGGCGUGAGGAGAAAUGACAUCCAGAUUGUUAGUUUGCAGCCUUCUGAUCCUCCCUCAAAUCUUGAUGUCCUCCUGAAUAUUGAAAAAUCUGGUAGCUCUCACCACCCAAUGAGAAUUUUGCUCCACAAGAUAAACUCUUCUGUGCCUGACCUAGAGGAGAUUUUAGGUGUCCGGAUAGUUGAUGUGUUUCAUAAGCUCUGCGCAGGCCUAGAUUGUCCUUUGAAAUUUUGUGAAGAAAAAGUAACAGUGGAUGAGAACAUCAUGUCAACGCACAGCACAGCCAGGUUGAGUUUUGUCACUCCCCGACAUCACAGAAGAGCAGUUUGUCUUUGUAAAGAAGGGAAAUGCCCCCUGGUGAAUAGUGUGUGUGAAGGAAACCCAUGCCCUGAAGGUACUGAAUGUUUAGGAGAUCCAAAGGAAGGAAAAUACACCUGUGUUUGCCAAGACAGCAAAGCUAGACAGUGUCCUGCACCAGCUGGCUCUGCUGUGACAUUUACUGGGAGCAGCUAUGUAAAAUACCGUCUCAUGGAAACUGAGAACAAAGAGGAAAUGAAGCUGACAAUGAGACUUAGAACUUACUCUGCUCAUGCAGUUGUUAUGUAUGCUCGAGGAACAGACUACAGUAUCUUAGAGAUUCACCAUGGAAGACUGCAAUAUAAAUUUGAUUGUGGCAGUGGACCUGGGAUUGUCUCUGUUCAGAGCAUUCAGAUAAAUGAUGGCCAGUGGCAUUCAGUAUCUCUUGAAGUGGACGGAAACUAUGCCCGACUGGUUCUGGAUAGGGUGCAUACUGCAUCUGGUACUGCUCCUGGUACACUUAGGACACUAAACUUAGAUAAUCAUGUGUUUUUUGGUGGUCAUAUUCGUCAGCAAGGUACAAGACAUGGUAGAAGUCCUCAGGUUAGCAAUGGUUUCAGAGGCUGUAUGGACUCUGUUGUACUUAAUGGACAAGAGCUGCCCCUAAACAGCAAGCCACGAAAUUAUGCACACAUGGAAGAAUCUGUGGAUGUCACUCCUGGAUGCUUACUGACUACCACAGAUGGUUGUUCAAGCAGCCCAUGUCAGAAUGGAGGCAUCUGCAACGCACUGUCAAAUGGAGGUUACUACUGCAAGUGUUUACCUUUGUUUAUGGGAACUCACUGCGAUGUAAGUGUCAACCCAUGUUCUUCCAACCCCUGCCUUUAUGGUGGGACUUGCAUCCCGGUCAGUGAUGAUUUUAUCUGCCAGUGCCGAGGACAAUACACAGGUCAAAGGUGCCAGCUGGGUCCAUAUUGCAAAGACAAUCCAUGUAAAAACAGUGGCAAAUGUAUUGACAGUUUGGAUGGACCUGUUUGUGAGUGUGAAGCAGGCUUUCGUGGAGAAAGGUGCCUGACUGAUGUUGAUGAAUGCAUAGAAAACCCAUGUCUUAAUGGUGCCCUUUGUGAAAAUACUUACGGUUCAUAUCACUGCAACUGUAGUCGUGGAUUUGGAGGAAAACACUGCACAGACAUUGUUCUUAAUAAAUACGUUUCAACAUCUUGGAACAUUAGCUUAGCUGAAGUGAUUGGGAUUAUUGUUUUCAUCGCAGGAAUCUUCCUGUUAGUUGUGAUUUUUGUUGUUUGCCGCAAAGUAGUUAGUAGAAAGAAGAAGCACCAGCCAGAACCUGAAGACAAACAACUGGGAGCUACAACAGCCUUCUUGCAAAGACCGUAUUUUGAUGCAAAAUUGAAUAAGAACAUCUAUUCUGACAUUCCACCACAGGUUCCUGUUCGUCCCAUUUCAUACACUCCAAGCAUUCCAAGCGACUCCAGGAACAACCUUGACAGGAAUUCUUUUGAGGGGUCUGCUAUCCCUGAGCACCCAGAGUUUAGUACUUUUAACCCAGAUUCUGUACAUGGUCACCGAAAAGCUGUAGCUGUUUGCAGUGUAGCACCAAAUUUGCCACCUCCACCUCCCUCCAACUCACCUUCAGACAGUGAUUCAAUACAGAAACCCAGCUGGGAUUUUGACUAUGAUACUAAAGUAGUAGAUCUUGACCCCUGCCUUUCUAAAAAGCCUCUGGAUGAAAAGAACUCCCAUCCUUAUAGUGCUAGAGAAAGCAUGUCUGAGGUCCAAUCUCUCAGCUCCUUCCAGUCUGAAUCGUGUGAUGACAAUGCUUCCAUAGUGACUGUAAUACACCUUGUCAAUGCUGUUGUUGACUCGGUGGAAAAAGAAGAAUCUUUUGCUGUUCCUGACCUCAGCAAUUCAAGAGGUUACCACUGGGAUACAUCAGACUGGAUGCCAAGUGUUCAGUUGCCAGGUAUCCAAGAGUAUCCAAAUUAUGAAGUGGUUGAGGAGUCAGCUCCCCUCUACACAGAUCCAAAUGCCAUCGAUACAGACUAUUACCCUGGCGGUUAUGACAUAGAAAGUGAUUUUCCACCUCCACCUGACGACUUCCCUGCACCUGAUGAGCUUCCACCGUUACCACCUGAAUACAGCGACCAGUUUGAGUCAAUACAGCCACCCAGAGACAUGCCAGCCGUAGGUAGCUUGGGUUCUUCUACGAGAAGCAGGCAGAGGUUUAACCUUAAUCAGUACCUUCCCCAUCACUACCCUGCAGACAUGUCAGAACCUCAGACCACAACCAGUGGCGUCAGUGGCAGUUACAGAGAACCUUACGCUCCUUACACAUUAGGGUACAAUCGAGACUUUGAAGCACCCACUGUAGACAACAUGUCCAUGUCUGUGUAUGCUUCCACAGCUUCCUGCUCGGAUGUGUCGGCAUGCUGUGAAAUGGAGUCUGAAGUCAUGAUGAGUGACUAUGAGAGUGGAGAUGACAGUCAUAUUGAAGAUGUGAAAAUUCCUCCACUUGAUUCCCAGCAACAUACAGAAGUCUGACACACCCAACAAAAGUGCCUGGACUCUAACAAACUUUAUCAAAUCUAGAACAAUUUUCAAGAGCUUUUUUAUUUUUCUGGUUUUUUCCCAGCCACAGUGAAUGCUUUUGUUUCAGUGAGCUAAACUGGCAUGGCAGCAUUGGAUCAUGCAAUUCAUUUCACUAAAUCAGCCUCUUUCCAUUUCCUAACCUAUUAUAAUUGGACAGUUCCAAGAUUUCCAUUGGCUGUGCCAUUUCUGAACAUCCUUUUUGUACUUCAAUUGUGUAUGUUUAAAAAAAUCACAUACCAUUUCUCCAUGUUAGCAUGAUGCAUAUAUUUAUAUAGUUCUAAUACAAUUAAUUUUCUCCUACUUUUUGUAAAUUUUAUGUACAGUUUUGAUUUUAAUAGUUUUAACUAGAUUUUGUAGAUAUUUUGUGAAUUUGUUUUCCACUGAAACUAGUGGUGUUAGUGUGCCAUUAAAAAUGAGCACCCUGACUUAUAGUCAGGGCAUCACUCUGUGUAUUCCCCCAAAACACAAGGUUUGACAUUUCAUUCUAAAACAUUCAACAUAUUCACACAAUUUCAUUUGUACAUAUGUUAGGUCUGAUAUUUUUCUGGGUCAGCUAUAUGGAAAUGUCUUAAAUGGGUUGCUGUAUUUUAGAACUAUAAACAUUUUUUUCCCUUCUUGGAAAGUGUGUUGGGGACCCUCUACAUACCAGUUUAGAACCAAAACCACCAUGACACAGUUUUUAUAGUGUCUGUAUAUUUGUGAUCCAAUGGUCUUGUAAAGGUUUUUACUGAAAAUUACCAUUAGCCAGUCUUUCUUACUGACAAUAAAUUAUUAAUGAAAUACUUUAGCUUUUCUCUGUGUAUCUCUGUUAUAUAAUAUACCAUUGACAAAGCAUUCAGUGCAGCAUUUUUUAAGUCUGUAUAUGUUUUGUACUGUAUUAAGUUACUUGCUCCAAGCAGCUCAUUUUCCUCUCCUCUGAAAUCAGCCUGCAGCUGUGUUAGAGAUGCUCACGAGAUGGCAGUGUGUGUCUGCUUAAUGGUGUUUUUAAGAGUAAUCGGGCCAGUCUGAAUAAAGAUUGAUGGGUAUCAACCUGCAGUA